CCACGCGACAGCUUCUUCCGCCCAUCGAGUCCGGGAGGGGAGGAGCCGAAGAACCGAAAGAGAAAACAGGCCGCCCGGGUGGCGGAGGAGCCUGGCGCCGCGAUGAAGCUGCGGGCGUUGCCGUGGCUGCUGGGGCUGCUGUGCUGGGGCGGCGGCGACGCGGACUCCCACGCCCCCUUCACCCGGACCUUGCCGCGGAGCCGCCAGCGAGAGGCCGCCGCCUUGCGGGAAAGUCUUAAUAGACAUCGAUACUUGAAUUCUUUAUUUCCCAGUGAAAACUCGACCGCCUUCUAUGGAAUAAAUCAGUUUUCUUAUUUGUUUCCUGAAGAGUUUAAAGCCAUUUAUUUAAGAAGCAAACCUUCCAAGUAUCCCAGAUACUCAGCAGAAGUACAUAUGUCCAUCCCCAAUGUGUCUUUGCCAUUAAGAUUUGACUGGAGGGACAAGCAUGUUGUGACACAAGUGAGAAACCAGCAGAUGUGUGGAGGAUGCUGGGCCUUCAGCGUGGUGGGGGCAGUGGAAUCUGCAUGUGCGAUAAAAGGAAAGCCGCUGGAAGACCUAAGUGUACAGCAGGUCAUUGACUGUUCGUAUAAUAACUAUGGCUGCAAUGGAGGCUCUACUCUCAAUGCUUUGAACUGGUUAGACAAGAUGCAAGUAAAACUGGUGAAGGAUUCAGAAUAUCCUUUUAAAGCACAAAAUGGUCUGUGCCAUUACUUUUCUGGUUCACAUUCUGGAUUUUCAAUCAAAGGUUAUUCUGCAUAUGACUUCAGUAAUCAAGAAGAUGAAAUGGCAAAAGCCCUUCUUACCUUUGGCCCUUUGGUAGUCAUAGUAGAUGCAGUGAGCUGGCAAGAUUACUUGGGAGGCAUUAUACAGCAUCACUGCUCUAGUGGAGAAGCAAAUCAUGCAGUUCUCGUAACUGGAUUUGAUAAAACAGGAAGUACUCCGUAUUGGAUUGUGCGGAAUUCCUGGGGAAGUUCAUGGGGAGUAGAUGGUUAUGCCCGUGUCAAAAUGGGAAGUAAUGUUUGUGGUAUUGCAGAUUCAGUUUCUUCUAUAUUUGUUUGACAUGUUGGGCAGAUCAAGAGACAACUACAGAAAUGAAGGUUUUCAUGAUGCAGUGUAACAUAGCACUUCCAAGCAUUACUCAACUUCAAGUUUUAGCAGCUACCUACAAAAGAUUCUAAGGCCUGGUAGGAUUUAAACUAAGUUACAGAAUGUUCCAUGCUUGUAGAGAAACUGACACCCAAAGGCAGCUGGAGAGACUCCAGCACAGAAGCCUGCAAGGCAGUCUAUGGAACAGUUUCUGACCCUGAGAAAAAAAUUCAGAUUAGAAGAUAUUUUAGGCCCCUGCGAUUGGGGGAGGCCGUUGUUCAUUUUCGUUUGCUUAUUAUUUAUUUGUUUGUUUGUUAUAUUUCGGGUGGGACCAAAGAGGUCAUAAGAAUUUAUUUUCUUUUGUGGGGUGUAAUCACUAGCUUUAGAUUACCCCUACACACAAGAAGGGCCAACCUAAAAUUAUGUGUGCCUUGUACAGUUAGUCAUAUUAGCAGCCCUCUAAGAUGUUGUAUUUGAAGGAUUUGAAAUGCCAAUUGCUUUACCUCAACAAAUGGUGCUUACCCUUUGAACAGCAGAGUGACCAUGUAGAAGGAAGGAAAAAGGCAAAAUCUCUUCAGUUAAACUAAAAUUAAAUGAACUGUAAGACAACUACAUAAAUUACUUCUAGUAGCAUUGCCUGAGAGACAAAUUAUUAUUUGAAAAUUUUUAUUGUGAAUAGGAAUCUAAUAGAUUGGAUUCCUUUGUUCUUUUUAUACUAGAGAACAAAAUAUUAUCUCACAUUUUCUCCCUCCCUUUCUCUUGCUCUUUACCAACUUUUCCUGGCAGUUUGGCUUUCCUCCUCCCCGACUAAAGAAAUAAGUCUUGGCCAGGCGCGGUGGCUCAAGCCUGUAAUCCCAGCACUUUGUGAGGCCGAGGCAGGUGGAUCACGAGGUCAAGACAUUGAGACCAUCCUGGUCAACAUGGUGAAACCUCGUCUCUACUAAAGAUACAAAAAAUCAGCUGGACAUGGUGGUGCGUGCCUGUAAUCCCAGCUACCCAGGAGGCUGAGGCAGGAGAAUUGCCUGAACCCAGGAGGCGGAGGUUGCGGUGAGCCGAGAUCGCGCCAUUGCACUCCAGCCUGGGUAACAAGAGCGAAACUCCGUCUCAAAAAAAAAAAAGAAAAGAAAUAAGUCUCAUUUUUACUUUCCAUUUCUAUUUUCUUUCUUUUUUUUUUAGAUGGAGUCUUACUCUCUCACCCAGGGUGGAGUGCCCUGGUGCGAAAUUGGCUCACUGCAACCUCCAUCUCUUGGGUUCAGUCUCCCAAGUAGCUGGGACUACAGGUGCGCACCACCACACCCAGCUAAUUUUAGUAUUUUUAAUAGAGACAGAAUUUUGCCAUAUUGGCCAGGCUGGUUGCAAACUCCUGACCUUAUGAUCUGCCUGCCUCAGGCUCCCAAAAUGCUGGGAUUACAGGCAUGAGCCACCACACCUGGCCUCCAUUUCUAUUUUCUAACCACUUACUUGACUCCCUUUGUCUCUAUACCUUUACCAACAUUAGGAUCUCACCUCUUUCUCACCCUCCAAUUCAUAAGCACUACUCCUAUCAAAGUCGCAUCUCUUAACCCUGGGUAUCUGCCAGAAUAUCAGUUUUGCAGACUCUGUUUUCCAGUUUUCCCCUUAGUUUUCCCGAUCUCCCAUCCGAACUGCUUGUUUGUGCACCUCUUUUUUUUUCCCUUGGCUCCCAGUCUUAAUCCCUGUGAUCACUCUUGCAUCACUAAUUGCGUAAGUGAUUUCGGGUGCAAUUCUGAGUGGCCUGCAUCUGCGCAGUGAUCAGUAAUCCUGUGUGCCUAGAAGGAAUACUGUGUGCUGCUCAUGACGUGCAACCGGAAAACAAGCCAUGUCUUGUUAGCAGUGUACGAACCUUAGAGCAAAAUAGUUGAUCUUCUAACUGAAUAUAAGUACAACCAUAUUAAAUGAGUCAAUGCAAGAAAAUUAUUUCUAAUACUUUGUAUGUACAUAUAUCUUUUCUAAAAUGUAUCAUACUUUUCUAAUGUAUAUGAUCUAACAGAAAUGAAAUAUUAAAUGCAGCAGCAACCACAAAAAAAAAUCAAGGCCAUCUUCUUUUUUCUCUCACUUUUGCCCUUUGUUUAUCCUUCUCCAUGAUUAGACAAAAUAAAAAGCAAAAUGCUGUAUUUCUUUUAUUACACCAAUCAGAACCAAUCCCAAAAGAAUGUGUGUGGACUCAGGUUAGAGUUAUUCCAGGAAGACAGAUAUUGACAUUUUAAUUGACAAAUAUUCUUAUUAUCCAGGCAUGCCAGAAAAGAACUAUGUCCUGUUUGUUCUAGUUUGUGUCCGCUACUGACUUUCUAUGUAUUAUAAAUGCAUUUCUAAUACUCUUUUUCAAGUGCUAAAGGAUUUUUAAAAUUUCAGAAUGAUUAAUAUGUUUGUGCUGUUCUGGAUUUCAAUGACAUUUACAAUAAAACAAACUACAUUUGACUUCGGUUUAAAAAGAA